AUGGCCCUCGAAUCUGAACUGGCAGAGUUGCGCUUGGCUGUGCGCGAGCUUUGCCAAACUGCGAGCUCUCGCGCACUACGAACUACAUCAAGUAAUCAAGAUACCACUACAUCAGUACCAGUAAUUGCUGAAGUCUCUCAGGAGAGAACUGAGGAUCAAACAGUUGCAACCUGUCUUGAUCCACCAGUUGCCCCAGUUCGUGUCAUUCGAAAGAUGUAUACCUGGAUCAACGGCAACCCCGAAACUCCAAAGGACGUCGUCGAGCUACCUGAAUCGAUCAGGGCUCAAUUGGCUUCAAAUGACCUGGGCUUGCGUCUGAUUGAAACGAAGAAUAUCCCACGACUGCACUUUAUCCAAGGAACAAUCGAAAAAGCCCUCAGUGGAGAGUAUAACCUUCUGUCUGUGACCUGCUUGCUAGCAGGGAUGCAAACUAAUUUUUCCAUUAUCGGCAAAGACCUUCACACUUCGCUUUACGGCAUACUUAAAUCUGGGCUGGAAAAGCUCGCGCUCGAGUCUCCUCUGAGUAUGCCGUCCCUCUACGCGAUGCUUCUGACAUGUCUUCUCAAUCUGAAUCUCGGCUACUCUGAUAGUUUUAUCGACGCGUGGCUCUUGAGCGGCUCGCUCAUCCUUCACCUUAUGCUCUCGUUGGACUUCCCCGUUCAUCAGCAAAUGCCCUUGUCAUUACGCUACACCGAGGACGAUAGAAACCGGAUACUGAUGUGGAAUUCUGCAUGUCUCCAACAUCUCAAAUUUACUAUCGGUGUAGGGAAGCUGUCGGCUGUGCGAAUGGACCUGGCGGCACAUUACAUCGACGUAGUCAAGCACACAGAGGGUUUCAGCGAGUUAGAUAAAGAAGUUGUCGCCGAGCUUGAGCUUUUUAUAUUGCUAUAUCGAGGCAUUGUUGAGGAGCAUAUCUCAGCAAAGCAACUUCAAAGCAACCUCUCACAAUGGCAUACCACUAACGCAAAACAUUAUAAGGCUCUCAAGGGAAAUGACGAGGCAGAAGAGGGUCAUUCACACCUUUGA